AUGCAUCAUACAAAUUCAUAUCACGCUACUCACGCUACUACUCAUGCAACUCGGUCCCACGAAAUCCCAACCCCACCAGAAUGUUUUGCAGUAGCACAAAAAAGCGAAAAUACUCAAAAACCGGGCCUUCAUC